GGACAUGUAGUUGCAAGUCGAAAAAAAUGUGUCCCCAUAAUGCAGCACGGUUUGAAUGGGUUAUGUGCCCAUUCGCUUACAUUUGUUUGCAGGAAGUAAUAUCUUUAUUGUUUCUUGCCAACGGCGUGUCAAUGUUUGUAUUUUAUGUCUCUUCGUCAUAAUAAGAAUCUAUCAAAGUCAUCACAUUUUUCAUGGAGACAGUGGGGUUAUGAAAAAGCUGGCCGACACACAUCUAGCCAUAUGCUUUGAGGGCCAGUACUGUGCUACAACGACCUGGGCAGACAGAAGGAAAAUAUUGACCCUACCGCAUAGUUUUCAGUUUACUUUUAACUCUAGAAACUAAAGAUACACCCACUUUCUGUUGAACUGACGUGUUGAAGCGCCUGUGUAGUGGUGACGUGUCUCUAAAGUGCUUUCUUUCCAAGCGCAGAGCUUUUUGCCCGUAGUCAGAACGAAAACUGGAGAGACCCACUGUCUGACACGGGGACCAUACACUAACAACGUAACGCUUGGGACAUCAUCAUGGGCAUCAAAUUCCUGGAGGUAAUAAAGCCCUUCUGCGCUGUAUUACCUGAAAUCCAGAAACCCGAAAGAAAGAUCCAGUUCAGAGAGAAGGUACUAUGGACAGCCAUCACUCUCUUCAUUUUCCUUGUGUGCUGCCAGAUUCCCCUGUUUGGCAUCAUGUCAUCAGACUCUGCAGAUCCCUUUUACUGGAUGAGAGUGAUUCUGGCCUCCAACAGAGGUACCCUGAUGGAGCUGGGUAUCUCUCCGAUCGUCACCUCAGGCCUCAUCAUGCAGCUCCUGGCUGGAGCUAAGAUCAUCGAGGUGGGAGACACACCCAAAGACAGGGCCCUCUUCAAUGGAGCACAGAAAUUGUUUGGUAUGAUCAUCACCAUUGGUCAGGCCAUCGUGUAUGUGAUGACUGGCAUGUAUGGAGACCCCUCCGAUAUGGGCGCUGGGAUCUGUCUUCUCAUCAUCAUCCAGCUGUUUGUGGCCGGUCUGAUCGUGCUGCUGCUGGAUGAGCUGCUGCAGAAGGGCUAUGGUCUGGGUUCUGGUAUCUCUUUGUUCAUCGCCACCAACAUCUGUGAGACCAUCGUCUGGAAGGCCUUUAGCCCCACCACCGUCAACACUGGCAGAGGCACAGAGUUUGAGGGGGCUAUCAUUGCUCUCUUCCACCUGCUGGCCACGCGAACAGACAAGGUGCGCGCCCUGAGAGAGGCCUUCUACCGCCAGAACCUGCCCAACCUCAUGAACCUCCUCGCCACUGUCUUUGUCUUUGGUGUAGUCAUAUACUUCCAGGGCUUCAGGGUGGAUCUGCCCAUCAAGUCUGCCCGUUACCGUGGCCAAUACAACACUUAUCCCAUCAAGCUCUUCUACACCUCCAACAUUCCCAUCAUCCUCCAGUCUGCCCUCGUGUCCAACCUGUACGUGAUCUCUCAGAUGCUCUCCACACGAUUCAGUGGUAACUUCCUGGUUAACCUGCUGGGCACCUGGUCAGAUACGUCUUCAGGUGGUCCAGCCCGUGCCUACCCAGUGGGUGGGCUAUGUUACUACUUCUCUCCCCCGGAGUCAUUUGGCUCGGUCCUAGAUGACCCAAUCCAUGCUGCCAUCUACAUCUGCUUCAUGCUGGGCUCCUGUGCCUUCUUCUCCAAGACCUGGAUCGAGGUGUCUGGCUCAUCUGCCAAAGAUGUGGCUAAGCAGCUAAAGGAGCAACAGAUGGUUAUGAGGGGACACAGAGAGACCUCCAUGGUCCAUGAACUCAACAGGUACAUCCCCACAGCAGCUGCCUUUGGUGGUCUCUGUAUCGGUGGCCUUUCUGUCAUGGCAGACUUCCUGGGUGCUAUUGGCUCGGGAACCGGUAUCCUGCUGGCCGUCACCAUCAUCUACCAGUACUUUGAGAUCUUUGUCAAGGAGCAGAGUGAAAUGGGCAGCAUGGGAGCCCUGCUCUUCUAGACAGACACCUGGCUGCCAACACCUGUGACGAAACAACCCUCUUAAUGCACAUGGACAGAUCAGACCAAGUCCCACCAAAUCUCCAUCUAUAAUUAUUAUUCCCAUAAUUUAUGUCCAUUUAGAUUUUUUAAAUCUGCAUAAUUAAUCUGUCAUUUCCCGGGUGCUUUCUGGCAUCUCCCCCUGACAUGGCCUAGAGAAGGUUCAGCUCGAACAGAAUGGUUUGUGUAGCAAAGUGGUGGGACUGACUACAUCCUGACAUUCACAACCCAUGGCCUGCUCACAACCCUUGGCCUGCACCCCCUUUGAGUCAUAACACAUAGAUCAAUCUCUCAACUCAGUUUGCCUGAUGCCUGGGACUGGUUAGCCUUCUCAGAGUCAUCUGGAGUGUUUCAUAUCUAUAUAAAAUGGUCUGAUCCACAGGGGGGGGGGUUCCUUUUCAGACUGAGAGAAGAGCUCUGUGGCUCAUGUAUGCAAUCAUGUGUGCUACACUGGGAUGAGGGCAGUCCCUCUCUUAUUGGACCUCUUUCAUACAACCCAACACAGUAUACAGUAUACACAGUAUAUACAUUAAUUUCCAUCAUCUCUAUUACCCGGAGGAUAUAGAUGAGUACGAGUGUACAGUAUACCUUCACAGCUGGGCUCUUUGGUACAAUCUUUAUCUGGGGUGUUGACCUGAUGGCCACUCAUUUCACUGAGUAGCAAAGGAAGUUUUGGUCCAGGCUCAGAACUAUUUAGAACAUAACCAUGUUUGUCUGCCAGACGUGACUGUUUUAAAGCAGUGAUCCAAUAUAGGAUCAGGUAGAGUGUAGGGCUCUGUGUGGUCCAGCUUUGUCAAAAAGUGUGCAGCAGUGGAAGAGUUUAUCAAGUGAACCACUCAGCAGAAGGGCCUUAAUGUUGAAACUGGACGUGCGUUUAGGGAGAGGUAAUCGUAUAUAUGCCACAUUCAUACCUGUUGCCCACGUUGUUGGGUAAGAUUGGGUGAGGAAAGAUUUAUUUUGUGUGUUUUUGUCUGCUUUGAGCAUGACUGUGUUAAACACUUUCACAUGUCGUGGAUUUUGGUUUUCUGUAUAUAUGCCAUGCAUUGAAUCCAUCAACAGUGUAAAAUACUUUUUUUUAAUAUGUAAAAAAAAAUAAUAGUAUGCUGUUCCGAACAAAUGUUUUCCGGGAAAAAAAAGAUCUUUCUCAAUAAAAACUCAUUUUAGGGAAAA